AUGGCAACACAUGAUGUGGUCUUGUACUAUUUGCUUAAUGCCAGUUCAGCACUUUAUCUUUCGGCUGCUCAUAACGCUUUAUACUUUGUGUUAGGUUGGCAUACUGUUGUGCUGCAUUUUUGGCAUUACUGUUUGACAUUCUGUUUUCUAUUGCUCUGCUCAGUAAUUGGAAUGCAACGAUGGAGUAAGCCAUUACCGAUCAGCCCAUUCAUAUUACCAAUCACUACACAAAUCAUUAUUGUUCUACUUUCGAAUCGUAUACAUUCACAAAUACGCUCAGGAAGCUUAUACUUACUCAGAGUAUUCGACUUUUUAACAACAAUUACUGUGGCUAAGUUCUCCAACUGGUUACUCAGAUCCGAGAGGAAUCCCCCCAUCAGCUUACUGGCUCCAAUUGCAUUUGGUGGGUCAUUGAGCUGGUUGGAACUUAGCUUGAUCGAAUAUGAAACCUAUUCACUCAUUUUUGCACCAGUUCUAGCCAUCUUACAAGGUUUUCAAGUGCUACAAAUACAGAAAUGCUAUCAGACGCUUAAUGCUAAUCAACCAGAAACAUUCAUCCUCUACUUUACAGGCUUUACAACGAUUGGCCUAUCAGUUCCAGCAUUUUACAGCUGGAUUAAUUCAACAAUCUCAGCUGAUGCUUCAUGGGAAUCCAUCGAUUACCUAUUAAUCGGCAUGUCACUAAUGUUCAUGCCGAAUUAUAAGUACUCUGAGAUGUGGCUGCAACUCAAUUUAACAGCUUAUGAUUUUAUGGUUUUGGAACAAGCCAAGUUCUGGGCUGCGAGCAUCGGGCAGUGGUUGGUGCAAAACAUGGCGCAUGCAACAAUAUUUGCUCUUACUGGAAAAAUUAUUAUGCUUGGCGCUUUGAUGCGAUAUUUCACUGAAAUUAAACAGCCACAAAAGGCUGACUACAAUAAUCUGUCAUAA